AUGGCUCCAGCACUGCUUACAGCAGUCGACUCGACUACGCACAUCCACCUUGUCGUCGGCUCGAAUCCUCUCGCUGGCGCACGAUGCAGCAAGUCUAUCGAGGUCGGCGCCACACCUAUCCUCAUAUCUCCUGCUGGUACAGUUUUACACUAUGGGCUGGCGAAGAGAAUAGAAGAGCAUGGCAUAAAAUGGGAGCAACGAGAGUUCGUCGACAGUGACUUGACCACAUUGGGGCGAGACGAGGUUGACCAUGUGGUGGAUGCUGUGUUUGUUACCUCGGGUGGGAGGAGUGCGAUUGCCCAGCAUAUCUCAACGCUAUGUCGCCGACUACGGAUACCAGUCAACGUGGCGGAUGCAUCCAAUUUGUGCACUUUCACGAUGCUCUCUACACACAACUCCGGUCCACUUCAGGUCGGUGUCACCACUUCCGGGAAAGGUUGCAAGCUAGCGUCGCGCAUCAAAAGAGAGAUUGCCGCGGCUCUGCCAGCUGAGCUUGGUGUUGCUGUUGAAAGACUUGGUACAGUGCGAAGGCGAAUAUGGGAGCAGGAUCAUGCCAUAGAGGCCGCGACUGAGAUGGAAGGCGAGGACGAUGAAGCUGGACAAACUGCAACAUUUAACAAACUUGUUACACCGUCAGAUGCGGAAGCGGCAAAAGCAAGGCGGAUGCGAUGGCUUGCGCAGAUCUGCGAGUACUGGCCAUUGCGUCGUCUUGCUGCAAUUACAGACGAAGAUGUAGAAGGCAUACUAGAAGCAUACAAGCACGACUCAGCCGUCGCACCCGCAACAGACGACAGAUCCAUCCUCAGUCCAGCCGUCCUCGACGCCCGCCGAAAUCGCGGCCGUAUAAUCCUAGCUGGCUCAGGACCAGGCCACCCCGACCUCCUCACAACCGCCACACUAAAAGCCAUUCGCUCCGCCGACCUCAUCCUCGCAGACAAACUCGUCCCAGCACCCGUUCUCGAACUGGUACCCCGCCGAACACCAAUCCAAAUCGCACGCAAGUUUCCUGGAAACGCAGACGCAGCACAAGAGGAACUACAUCGCAACGGCCUGGAAGCAAUGAAAGAAGGCAAGACGGUUCUGCGAUUGAAACAAGGUGAUCCUUACCUCUACGGCCGCGGAGCAGAAGAAGUCGAGUUCUUCCGCUCGCAUGGCUACGAAGCUACUGUUCUCCCUGGCAUCACGUCCUCGCUUUCAGCACCGCUAUUCGCACAGAUACCCGCUACGCAUCGUAGUGUCAGUGAUCAGAUUCUAAUCUGUACUGGGACAGGGCGGAAAGGCGCAAGUCCCGAUCCACCGGGUUUCCUCCCGAAUCAGACCGUCGUGUUUCUGAUGGCGUUGCAUCGACUCAAAGAGCUGGUGGAGAGUUUGACAGGGCAUAAGACCCUCCCUUAUCCUCCCUCCACACCCUGCGCAGUGAUCGAACGGGCGUCGUGUCCGGAUCAGCGUGUCAUUCGAACGACGCUGGAAUAUGUCAAUGAUGCUGUGGAUGAGGAGGGGAGUCGGCCGCCGGGGUUGCUGGUUGUGGGGGCUGUUUGCGAGGUCUUGAGGAAGGUGCCGCAGAAGUGGGUUGUGGAGGAUGGGUUUCAGGGUUUGGAUGUUUUGGAUAGUUUUGGGGAGGGUGGGGAGGGGUUAGAGGGUUUGAGGACGAGGCUUGUUACGCCGGAUUUUGAGGAGAGAGGGGAUCCUUUUGGUGGGGUUACACCAGGCGGGAAGGUUAUCAAUGCGUAG